UUGGUUCCACCUUGCCAGCCGGACGGUUCUGGCAAGAGCGGCAGGCGCGUGCAAACCUUAUUGCACGCCGUGGCACCGGUUACCGCCACAAGGUUUUAAAAUGGCCAACUUCACCCUUUACUGGGCGCAACCACAAGUUGGUCAUUCCUCCUGAGCGCGCUGGAAAGAAGUUCAUUCUUAUUGUCGGGGACUCCCAUCUACGUGCUCUUGUAGAUGGCUUUAUUCGGAUGCCAGAGUCUCGGCUGAGCUUUGGCUUCCUGUCGAUCCCGGGGGCGUCUGCUUCGGAAAUUCGCACUGAGGUUCUGCAUGCUGCAGUUCCUCGUGCACCUGAUGCCGUCUGCGUCAUGGCCCCUGGCAACAACCUGACCAGCACCACUGUUGAGAAGGCCGGUGUGGAUUUUGCCAAUCUCCUCACCACUUGUGCAAACCGCUGGUCCAAGGUUUAUGUGGUCGACUUUCCUCCCCGCCUGGUCGUUGACGUCCAACACCAGGACCUGCUUCGCCAGGAAUACAGACGUGUGGCUGCUCGUAUGGGUGUAAAGUUCUUCAACGCUGCAGAGCACUUCCCCCUGAGUGAUUUGGUGCUGUGGAGCAAGGAUGGUGUCCAUCUGAGUGAUCGUGAGGGGAUGGGGAUCCUCGUCCAGUUGUUCUGGUCCGCUGCCAGCGAGCAACUGCUGACACCACCUCCUUCGCCCAGGAUCUCUCCUCAGCCUCCAGUUCGGAAAGCUACAGUGAGAGAGAGAUCCCCUGCUCCACCCAGCCCAAAACCCCGUGAACGGAGGAAUAUUGGUCAGGGCGGCAAGACGAGCCAUCCUCGGGAACCUCCCCGGUCCAGAGGUUCACCAAAGCCCAGGAUGGCUCAACAGCAGGUGGAGGAGAGCUUUCUUCCGCUGAACCCCGUCUGGUUCAGCAGCACAGCCCUAAGUGCCAUGGAGAAAGUGUCUCCCUCACAUAUGUCUUGCCUGGCGGAUUUCAACGCCAUGGAGAAAGUGUCUCCCUCCCAUACGUCUUGCCUGGCGGAUUUCAAGGCUUCUCCUAAGCCAAAGAAGCUGUUUGACUCACCCCCGGCCAGAUUGUCCUGCAGUUGGGGCAAGACAGAAACCCCUGUUUGUUCUCCCAUUGCAAAGAUGGCCAAGAUGAUGACCCCCUCACCGAAUAGACAGGGCUGGACAGCUGAUGAUGCGGGCUGCAAGCCUCCUUCUGCUGAGAAGAUGACCCGAACACUGACUCCAUCACAAACCAAGUGGCCCUGGUUCAUGACAGCUGCAUCCAGCUCAGCUGAUGCACCAACAGACAAUGAUAAAACCAGGAGCGAGAGUCGCCGUGUGGAGUCAGUCCGGGCCAGUCAUUCUCAGAAUGAUAAGAGGUAUAAAGUAUUUUCCCGCAACCAUCAGUGUUCCUGUAAUGCGUUGACAUUUCUGGCAUACCACACUGAGGGCUGUCAGUUCACCAGGACUACACUCGAUAGAGUCCUGGCUCAGGGAGACACGCUGUAUGUCGGAGUCAAACAGCAGUUGAUUCGCGACAAGACCUUCCAGAGCAAUCACCUGACAGUCGAGGAGAUGCCAAAACAAGUCCUCACAGACGGACAUUUGUAUAAUGUCAACAUGCGUGACAUCAGGUGUGGCUUUUUGAAAACUAAAAUCUCAAGCCCUGGAAGACGGCAGUGGUGGCUUCCGCUUGCCACCCAGCUGGAGUCUCUUUCUGCAGAGGUUUAUCAGGCUUUAAUCAUCAUUUCACCCGAGGUUAUUGCUGUUUUCCGUGAUCAGUCCGGGAGGUAUGGAGUGUUUGAUUCCCACUCCAGAGACUCGAGAGGAUUACCCUCUCAUUCCGGUAAGGCGAUCGUCAUGACUUUCGCGGAACUCAGUGACCUGGCUAACCACCUGCACACACUCUUUAGAGACCGUGGAGACUCUGCAAGUUACGAGUUUGUCCCGGUUUCUUUUCAGACUGACAGCCCCAGUGAAAAUCGUCAACGAUCCCCAGAAACUGAGGUUCAAGACAAAGUGUCUGAACCUGCUCUCCUCGCAUUGCAGGCAGACAGUGGGACGGCUGUCAAAAUUGAGGACGUUAAAGGUUCCUCAGCUGUCCCACAAGCAAUAAAGCUCUCUAAAUUCAGCAAAGAUCGGAGGCAAAAAGCCAAGAGGAGAGCAUGUGACAAAAAGGAACAAACAAAAGAAAAAAUUGUGAAAAAAACCUGUGAAAGAAUCAGGUAUGCCAGCUGUGCCGAAUUUCGCAGGAAAAAAAUUCAGGCACAGAGUAAGUGUAUGCAAAAGAACCGUGAACAACGGCUUUUGUCUUCUAAAAAAUACUAUUCAAAGUUCCAUGUCAAAAUGCGAGACCAAUUAAAAAACAAAUACAUGACAGAUUCUGCUUUUCGGAGCAGGAAAAAAAAUUAUGCUGUCAAGAGGUACAGCACGGAUCCUGCCAUUCUGAACUGGCAGAAAAAUUAUCUUGUCAAGCGGUACAGCACGGAUUCUGCCUUUCGGAACAGGCAGAAAAAGUAUGCUAUCCACAAUGCUCACUUCAGUCAUGGCAGCGGCAAUAGCGGCAUUCCGUGA